AUGCCCCAGAAUAAAGCUCAGUACACAGUUUCACUUUUCAACUUCUGGAGCCACCCCACCACAGCACAAUUGGAAGUUGAGUCGAACAAUGCUCUCGAGGGGACGGAUGUGAUUCUGCAUAUCCACCAGAGGCCUCCCAAUGCAGAAUACUUCCUGUGGUUCAGGGGAACAACCAUUGACAACAAUAGUAAUAUUGCAUAUCUUGUAGUAAAGACAGGAAGCCUUAUAAGAGGUCCUCCAGGUGGACAAGCGAGAGUAGAGGAUGAUGGGUCCUUGUUGUUAAAGAAUGUCACCAUGGAAGACUCAGGAACCUACACCUUAAUGGUCCUACUACAGCACUGCCGAAAAAUAAUAGAACAUGGACAGCUUACUGUUUACCUGCCUGUGAGUGUGCCCACCCUCCACGCCAGCCAAAACACAGUCAUAGAGAAUAUGGACCCUGUGGUCCUGACCUGCAACACAAACAGUGAUGACAUCGAGUGGCUUUUCAAUGGUGUAAGUCUGCCGCUCACAGAGAGAAGGAAGAUGUCACUUGACAUGAGAACCCUCACCAUAUACCCUGUCCUGAGAUGGGAUGCUGGUGUUUACCGCUGUAAAGCCUCUAACCCCAGAAGUUCUGGCACAAGUGCUCCGCUUCGGCUGAAUGUGAAAGUUUGGUGA